AUGAAACCCCACUAUAAAGACAUAAGGACACUCAGGUGAACGAUAAUAACCGAGUGGUUCGUCGCGGUCGUAAACAAUUUCGGUGAAUUUUAAUGUUUACCGUUAAGUCAGCGUGAAAAGGGGGUUAUUUUGUACAGUUACAGUCAUAGUUACACCGGGAGUGCUUCUUUUUAUAGAUUACAGCAAUGUGAUGGCAUAUGAGUCGCGUGUAAUGUAACAAUCCCCACCGACGCUCGCGCCGCUUUUGACACUCAGUGAGAUGACAGGGACGGAGCUUGUCGCUGAUAACAGAUGAACUAAAGGACUGAAGAUGUCGGACCAGGAUUUUGGCUUAACUCUAUCGACUGCUCCACAGCUACGCAGGGGCAGCACGCCCUUGCCAAUCAAGCAUCAGUUAAAGCGAGAAGAGGCAGUGUCCGAGGACUACGAUUGGACACCGGGGCUCGACGUGUGUGCGACUCCACAAAUCAGUAUCAGCGAUGCCCAAGAUUCUCCUCCGACAAAACCACCACAGCAAAAGUACUUCGGGCCCCUUCGGAUAGUACUGCUGGGUCAAAAUGGUGUCGGCAAAUCGUCUCUAGCACUUUCUCUUGCUGGACUGUCGGACAGAUCACUCUCGGUAGACUCGGAAACCCACGCAGCCGAUGAGGGUUACCAAAGACGAGUUACCGUGGAUGAUGAGGACAGCACAAUUUUAGUAUAUGACAAUUGGAAACAGGACCUGUCCACUCUGCAAUGCGAGGUGUGCAUCCUGGUGUUCUCAUUGACGGACAGGCGCACUUUCCACAGGAUCGCCCAGCUCCGCCUUCUGUUGAGGGAGACGUUGCCGCACACCCCCAUUAUUCUGGUGGGCAACAAGAGCGACCUUGUGCGGUCCCGAGAGAUCACCGUAGAAGAGGCACAUUCUAGUGCAAUGCAUUUUGGAUGCCUCUAUCUGGAACUCUCCGUCUCGCUUGACCACCACACUAAUGAACUGCUGGAGGCGGCUGUGAGAGCGGCUCGGGGCCACAGCCUGGGUCCCGGGUGGACGGAGGGGUCCCCCACGGCGGCUCGUAGGCAGAGUUUGACCAGCAGGGCCAAGCGCUUCCUGUCUGGGCUGGUUCCACGCUCCCACCUCGGCCGAGAAAGGGAUGUGGCCAGAGACCUCAGCCGACACAGAGGAAGUCGAAUGCUCAGGCAGAAGUCACGUUCCUGUCACGACCUCAGUGCUCUGAUGUAAAAGAAAACAUCUGCGAGAGCAAAGGCGCUCGAUCGACAGGAAAUAUGCGUUUGAGAGAGAGAGAUAAAGGGGAAGGGGAAAUAUGUGAAAAAUGGAGAGGGGGCAGAGAAAAGAUUAAACAGAACUGCAUGUGUGAUUGACAGGACCACUGCGAAGAGGAGGUGGUCCCUUGGUGACAUUACCUAAACUAGUAUGUGUGAAAUUAGUUGUUUAUACCAGUCCGUAAGUCAACGAAUGUGAGAGCGGUGCAGUGUAAAAACAUGAAUACGACACAACCUUUAAGGAUUUAGUUGUCUGAUAGACAGACAUGAUUCGCAGGAUGAGGAUGCUGAGACAUGCUGACUGCGGUAGGCUAUUAAAGAUUAUAAAGUAGCUCCUGUAGUUCCCCGUCGAGAAGCAUGCAGACACCGCAAGCUUACAGGACGGUAGUAAAAGUUCUGUUGUAAAAAUACAGGCACAGAAUAAGUUACUGUAAUUACUGCAUGUUGUCUUUUUUAACUUAUUUCCUUAACUUCUACUGUGUAAGUAGAACCUGAUACAGUAUCCAAACCAGACAUGAUGUGUCAAACCUUAAGUAUUUUGCUUCUGUCCCUGCUAAGAAUGGGAAUCGAAACGAACAUCUGAACUAUGGAUGUGGAAAACUACGUAUUUUCAGGAUCAGCUAAUAUACUCAUGUUUUAAGGACACCCUGUAAUAAUUUGGCUGGUUUAGGUCUGAUCGAACCAAGUGAUGGACAGCAUGAAUGAAGCUUGUGACAGAUUUCUUAUUUCAGACAAAACUGGUUUUAAUAUACAAUGUUUAUUGAUAUAAUCUUGCCCAAAAUAUUGAAGCAACAUAUGGGUAAAUAAAUAAUUGCAGGUAUACAUUUGGUGUCCAAAGUCAUUAUUUUAGCUGGCUUUUAAAUAGUUUUAUUAAUUUAGUAUUUGUUGUCAUGUAUCACAUGUUACAUGGCAUAACAAUAUCAUAUUUUCUGUGAAAAGUGUCUUAUAUAGCUAAAAAAAAAUCAUGAUUGUCUGUUGUUCGAAUUAGUGUCAACCCUGUUAAUGUCAAAUUAUGUUACUAAGGUAGAGUAACGUGUCGUGUGUGUAUGCAUGUGUGCGCGCGCGCGCGCGUGUGUGUGUGUGUGUGUGUGUGUGUGUGUGAGUGUGUGUGUGUGUGUGCGCGUGUGUGUGUGUGUGUGUUUUAGAAGAGGAGAGAGUGUGUUUGACUGCCAGCUCUGUUAAAUAUUUGUUACUCUACAUUGGUAACAGAGUUACCAAAAAAUCAUGAUUUCCAACUACAUAUUUGAGACACUUUUUGCAGAAAAUAUAUUGGUAUGGUCUGUACAAUGUGGUCUAUGACAAUGAACACCAAAUAAUUUAAAUAAUUUAAAAUGUAACCAUUUGAAAAAAUAAUGACUACUAGACACCAAAUGUGACCCUGGACCACAAAACCAGUCAUAAGUGAAAGGUAUAUUUCAAGAGUUUGGUUCCAAAACUUAAGAAAUCCAUUUUGACUUAUUUUGGUAAAAAUGUGUUUUCCAAGAAAGAGACAAGAUGAAAACCACUAUUUUCUGUUACAAACUUUCAAAUAGCAUUUUUAGGUUAGAAAAAUGUAAAAAAUUCAAAUCUAUAAUUUGAUUUUCAAAGAUUUAUUAUAAAAACUGAUUAUUUUUUUCCACAAAAUGCAAUAAAUCCAAAGUUUUUUUUUUCAAAAUACUAUAAAUCUAUUGAAUCAAUAUAUAAAUGUGCAUUGAUCUUUGCCAUUUUAUAUUCAUUUAGUUGACUAGUGGUAUACACUUAUUAAAAAAAUAAACAUUAAUGGCAUUAAUCAAAACACUUACUUUCAUAUUAAGAACACUGUCAUUGCUCAUGUUAUACUUGGGACGUCGUUGCUGAACUUUUUUCACAGCGAUCAGCUGUAAAAUGUUUUGGUCCUGCUUGAUUUUCGUUGGCUUCGAGUAAAAUAAUGGAAAGUUUUUUCAUAAGAUCCCUGGGGUCAAUGUGUUAGCAUGACAGAAGCUUCAUGCUGUCAGGAAAACAAGCAAUGCGGCAUUUACUGUCUCCCAAAUGCCUCUCGCAUAAAUUAUUUAAAUUUUUUUCAAGUCACAGAAACCACCACAGGUUUAUAAAUGCCAUCAAAGUAUUAUUUUGUUUUUGUUUGUUUGUUGAUCACAAAGUACAUGGACAUCAAACUAGGAUUCCAUGUUCAAAGCACCGCCAUUAUAUGCAUUUAUAAUGCGUGGAAUGGUGCACUGUGAUUGGUUAAGCGGAUUUAUUGCAUUCUGCAGAAAAAGGAGCAGUGGCGUUUGUUGCGGUUUGGGAAAAAAGGAGAAAAGAUGACAGAAUAACACGGCAGAUAUUGUAUUUUGCGUAAAAUAAAUAUAUUACUUUUUACUACAGACCAGAUAAAAUACAGAUUUUGGCGAUAAUGACUUUAAAAAUGACGUUUAUCGCGUUUUGGAACCAAAUUAUUCAUUUGUAGCAAUAGCCAAAAAUACAUUGUAUUGAUCAAAAUGAUAAUUUUUUAUGCCAAAACUCAUUAUGAUAUGAAGAUUUUGUAAAUUUUAUGUGUUGCUAAGGAUUUAACUUAAAAGGUGAUUUUCUCAAUUAUUUGUACUCUCAGAUUCCAGAUUUUUAUAUAGUUUUAUCUCGCCCCAAAAUUUUCCUAUCCUAAUAAAUAAUAUGUCACUGAGAAGUUUAUUUAUUAAGCUGCUGGAUAAUGUAUACAUCUCAAUUUAAAGAAAAAUACCCUUAUUAUUGGUUUUGUGGUCCAGGUUCACAUAUGCAGAUAUGAAAGUGACAUGAUUUUUAAGUAUGGUAAACUAUACUUAAAAUGUAACCACUGCAACCCAUCCCAGUGAGUAGUGAACACGUGCACAUUCGGAGCAGUGGGCAGCUAUCAAUGCAGUCCCCUGGGAGCAAUUGGGCGAGGUAAGCAUUGCUUAAAGGGAUAGUUCACUCAAAAUUGAAAAUUCUGUCAUCAUUUACUCACUCUCAUGUUUUUACAAACCCGCAUAAGGAAGACAUUUCGAGAAAUGUUUGUAACUAAAACCAUUCGUGGACCCCAUUCACUUCCAAAGUAGUAAAAAUGAAUACUAUGGAAGUAAAUGGGGUCCACAUACAUUUCUCAAAAUAUCUUUCUUUGUGUUCAUCAAAACAAAGAAAUUUAUACAGGUUUGUAACAACAUGAGAUUCAGUAAAUGAUGACAAAAUUUUCAUUUUUGGGUGAACUCUCCCUUUAAGGGCACAUCAGUCGCUAUCAUCCGUGAGAAUCAAACCUGCAACAUGGUUACAAGCCCCACUCUCUAACAAUCAUUGCAUGAAUGCUCCUAAUGUACCUGCAAUUAUAUAAUCACGCGUGUAUUGAUCCUCAAAAGAGGAGUCUGUUAAGGGGGACAUGCGUCAACCCCGAAAUUUGCUUCAAGACUAACAGCAUAAAUCAGGCCUUGUUUACAAAUGGAAUUGGCACUCUUGCUUAACAGUUUCCAUAUGGGGUUCCAUAGUGUAAACAAUCGACGCUAUAAAGCGGCAUAUGAACAAUUAAACACUUUAUAUACAAACUAAACAAAAACUCCUGGUUGGAAUUUAUUGACUCAUAAUUUUAGCGAGAGCAAUAUUCAUAGUUAUAAAAGCAACAUUUCUAAUUGGUUACUGAUAAAUUCCUCCCUAAUGUUUUGGUCAAUCAGGUGUAAAGUCUAUUUACUCCGUCACAUAUGGGGAGUCUUAACUAUUGAAUGGCACAUUUAUGCACAAUUAUGAACUGUAUGCUAAUUAAUUGUUUGAAAAGUAAUUGGCCAUCUGUUGCUGCAUAAUAAUGAAUUGCACAACAGUGAAUAGUUGUAGUUUUUAGCAUUAUUUUAACAUCAUUUUAAACUCCUAAUUAUACACUCAUGAUUCAAUUCUACAAAUCCAGUGGUUAUUUAAUGAGGAAGAAAGCAAUGUUAGGCAAUUGGUGCUGGCAGACUGGUCUACAGAGAGAGCUUUGCCAAAAUCGAGUUGGCUCAGAGGACUCAAAUUACUGUUUAACUAAUUCAACACCUCGUUCUAAUGAAAGCAAGCCAUGUUCACACAUGCAUGCCAUCUAACAACUGAAUCAACUUGACUUUUAUUUUGCCUUUAUGCAUACGGGUUGAUUGUGAUAAUAUGAAGUAUUUGAUUUGGCUGCAUGCAGUUGCUAACAAUAAGAUCUGAAAAGGCACUUUUAAUAAACCUAAUGCCAUACAGUAUUGGGUUUCUGGUAAACUUUACUCACUUUCUUAGAAGACUUGUCACAAAAUACGUAUGUUAGGACAAGCAAUACUGAGAAUAGCCCAUUUUGUCAUAUUGUUUGAAAGCAUGUAACGUCUUUCCCCCCAUAACAUAUUUAUUUAUUUAUUAAUUUGUGAUUUUUCUCAAUAGGACACAUUUCUGAGUGAACAAACUUGAUGGUCCUCGAACAUCAUUCUUAACAACCAAUCCGGUAUUAAGGGUUGUUUUGAGCUGAGGUCUGCGACAAACAUUUUUAUCCCCUUAUUACUGUCUAUCCCAUUCAUUUUGGGGUGAGUUAAUGAUCAGGUUUUAGUGUAGGACUCUUUUCCACAAAUGACUAUUCCUCCAUGAAGAAAUACAGUUGUAAGAGGAUUAAGGGACGGUACAAUGUAAGCAUAUGUUGAAGCAAACGAAAAGACAAUUUUAUCUGUAAUUUCACCUGCUUGCAUUUUAAAGGCAGGGUGCAUGAUCUCUGAUAGCCAGUGUUGACAUUUGAAAUUAUCGUAACAAACACGCCCCUACCCCAAUAGAAUCUGGACCUUAUUUUGAUAGACCCGCUCCACACAUAUGCAACCCAGGCAAUGAUGUGGGUUAGGAGACACUCCCCUUACUGCUGAUUGGCUACAAGUGUGUUUUGGUAGUCGGCCCAAGUCCCUUUUCCAAAGUGUUUUAAAAAAAUAACGCACCCCGCCUUUAAACCCAUUUUCACACAAUAUCAUGGAUCAAGUUUAUCUGCCAUAAGACCGAGCAUUUCUGUGGGGGCUGGCCACACAGGCUUAGGCAACAACAAAAACGCAACGUUCUGGAAACGUUCAGGGAGGUCACACGUGGCAACACCAUUCACUUGUUAUUAUUAAUAAAUGUUAUCCACUCUGUCUUUGAAAAUGAGAGAAUAAAGAAUUUGUUACAAUAA